UUAAUUUAUUGUGUUUUUUUUUUCUAUUUAAUUUGUUUUUGUGAAUGCUUUGAUCCAUGUGGGUUUGAAGACUUGAUGAUUUGGUUUAGGAUCGUGUAUGUUUGUGUAGUUCGGAAAAACUAUCUGGUGGAGUUUAGAAAGAGAUUUUGACGAUCGGUUUGAAUUUUGUGGUUUAUUAUAAAUCUUAUGAUUGAUCCGAGGGCAUGAUGUAUUUGAAUCGGGGUGUUAGAAUUGAUUAGGAGGUUUGCUGCCACAUUAGAGAAUGUUUGGAGUAAAGCGUUUUUGUUGAUUGGUGAAGAUUUUUUCGUUGUCUUGGUUUCUGAGUUACAAACUUACAAGGAUUUGUUUAUUGUGUAUUUUGCCCUCUGUGAAUCUCCUGGUGGUUAUUGCAUGGACUUCACAUCUAUGGGCUGGUUGUUGGGAGCUGUUGAGGAGCUCCAAAAUUGAUGAGUACUCAGGCAAUGAGGGGAGGACAUACCACAAGAGGUUAUCAUCGUAGGAAAUCAUUGGACUUGGACCUCAACAUCAUGCCACCAACCGAGAACCGAGAUCAAGGGGAGGCAUCUCAAUUGGUGUUUCAGGAAGCACAAGUUAAUCAACAACAGUCCGUACAACCUGCAAUGAUUGAUGUUGAGGCCAUUGAUGAUGAUGUUAUUGAAUCAUCCGCCACAGCAUUUGCUGAAGCUAAAAAUAAAUCCAGACGGAAUGCUAGGAAGAUUAUAGUUGAUGUGGAUGCAGAAGAGUGGAGCCGGGUGUCAAAUAAUAACCGCAUCAAGCGUAAGAGAGACGUGUCAAAUCAACAAACUCUAAAUUCUGUUUUAUUGAUCAAUUUGGAAGGCAGCAAUAGCUUUAUGAAAGAGAAGCCUGCUCCACCGAAGGAGCCCAAAUUCAGUUGUCCAAUAUGCAUGGGUCCGUUAGUAGAAGAAACGUCAACAAGGUGUGGUCAUAUUUUCUGCAAAUCAUGUAUCAGGGCUGCAAUAGCCGUCCAGAGCAAAUGCCCAUCCUGUAGGAAGAGAGUAACUGCCAAAGAACUCAUCAGAGUGUUCCUUCCUGGGACGAGGUUGGAGUGAGGCUUACAUGUAUUCUUUUUAAUAACUUCGAAGGAAAAUCGUCGAAAGUUUUCUUGUAAGUAAGAAAAACUAAUUUUUAGGUGGAAAUCUCGGGUGCAUUCUGCGGAUGGCUGCUGCAGCUUGAUGAUCUCUGAGUUGCAAUAGCAGGUAGCAGGAAAUUUUGAUUUCCAUAUUUUUUGGUCGAUACUUUUGGUGGUUUUAUGGAGUUGUAAACAAACCCGACACCGAAAUACAAUAGUAUGCAAUGAGAUUACAUAAUUAAAUCCAGAAAGUUGCUUUUAUCA